ACUGUCACAAACAUGUGUUUACGUUUUUAUAUUUUGGAGGUUGUCCGUUGUUUUGUUGCUACAAAAAUUAAUACUCAACAACAAGUUAUAAAAUUUAUUUGAAAGAUUUUACUUAAAUACAUUUUUAAAAUGUCUAAAAGACCUGAACACCAAGCACCUCCCGAACUGUUUUACAAUGAAGAAGAAGCAAGAAAGUAUACACAAAACUCCCGCAUAAUAGAUAUUCAGGCACAAAUGACUGAAAGAUGCAUUGAAUUGCUCCUCCUUCCUGAAGAAACAUCCUGCCUCCUGCUAGAUAUUGGAUGUGGUUCUGGAUUGUCUGGAGCUGUUUUAGAAGAAAAUGGUCAUAUGUGGAUGGGAAUAGAUAUUUCUGAAGCUAUGUUAGAUGUGGCACUUGAAAGGGAAAUAGAAGGAGACUUAGUAUUAGCUGAUAUGGGACAGGGAGUACCAUUUAGAGCUGGAAGUUUUGAUGGUGCUGUGUCAGUCUCAGCAGUACAGUGGCUAUUUAAUGCAGAUAAGAAAUCUCAUAAGCCUGUAAAGAGAUUAUACCAGUUCUUCAGCUCAUUAUAUGCUUCUUUGUCUAGAUCUGCCAGAGCCGUUUUUCAAUUCUAUCCGGAAAAUGAAAGCCAGAUGGAACUUUUAACAUCCCAAGCUAUGAAAGCUGGCUUCUAUGGAGGUGUAGUUAUAGAUUAUCCUAAUUCAGCUAAAGCAAAAAAGUUCUUUUUAGUUUUGAUGACUGGUGGAUCAGCACCUCUACCAAAAGCCUUAGGAACAGAAAGUGGGGAAGAGAGUAAUUUACAAGUCAUGUAUGCUAGAAGGGAGGCAUCUAAAAGAGCAAGAGGAAAACCUUUAAAAAAUACAAAAGCAUGGCUGUUAGAAAAGAAAGAAAGAAGGAGGAAACAGGGAAAAGAAACAAGGCCAGAUACCAAAUAUACUGGAAGGAAAAGAAGUGGUCGUUUUUAGAAUUAUUUGUAUUUAGCUACUUUAUAUUAUUGAAUAUUAAUUACAUAAA